AUAUACUGGAAUAACGACAUUUUCGUUUCGAUCAUCAAAAAAUGGAGUUGUUUCUGAUUCAAGCACGCCACUGGAAAAUAAAUAUGUGUUAUGCACUGCUGAAUGUAUAUUGAUAACCUAAUCACAUUAUUUGAUAACAAUGUAUCUUCCGAAAGAUAAUUUCCCAGAAAAGAGACAAUCCACAUUCAAUUCUCUUCUUUCAUUUUUAUCAUGAGUUUUGAACAAGGAAAAGUGGCAAUUGUUACUGGUGGUGCCAGUGGAAUUGGUUUAGCUAUCGUCAAAAAAUUUCUGCAGCAAGGGGCUAAGGGAGUAGGAGUGGUAGAUAUUUGCGAAGAAACUGGCAAGAAAGUUGUCUCGAGUUUAGAAAAAGAAUAUGGUGAUAAAGUUAUUUUCAUCGAGGGGGAUGUCUCAAAAGAGGAGGAUGUUAGAAAUGCAUUCAAUAAAAUGAUAGAGAGAUUCAAAAACCUUGAUAUUGUGGUCAACAAUGCUGGAAUCGAAGAAGGCCCCAACUAUGAAAAAGUUGUAUCUAUUAACUUGCUUGGUGUUAUGCACGGGACUUACAUUGCUGUUAGAGAAUAUCUCCCCAAGUACAAAUCAUCGGACGAAGCAUUAGUUUUAAACACCGCAUCUGUUCUUGGACUCAACUCAAUGACACAGGGACCGACUUAUUCUGCAACCAAACAUGGAGUUGUAGGUCUAGGUAAGGCUUUUGGUGAGGAUGAAUCGUGCCUCAAAAACAAAAUAAGAGUGAUAACUAUUUGUCCAGGACUGAUACUGACUCCUUUAAUAGCAGAUGUGAUGAGCAAACCUAGCGUACUCCAACAAAAACUUUCUGGAAUUAGCAGGAAAAUGUCUUCGUAAGCAUUUCAUCAAUUUUUCAGAGUUAACUAUACGUUUUGUACGAUGUUGGACUAUUUAUGUUUCGGGAACUGGCAACACUAAUAUCAAUAGGUAAAAUGUGGCAACACCAUAAUAAAGUUUGACAUUCUUUGGCACAAUCUUAGGAGUGUUGUAUUGCAUACAGUAAGACUUCUGUGCUCACAGAAGUAAAAAUGCACCUAAAUGGAAGCAAAAGUCAAUAGUCGAGAGAGAGAGAGAGAGAGAACAAGUGCUAUUUAUUUUGUUUACAGUGAGUUAUUUUACACAAUUUUUAACGUGGAUUAUCUCAACAAGAAUAUGUCGAUAAACUCAGUUCUUUGUAUGACGAUAAAGCACCAUAAAAUACUACA